CCGGAUUGGCUACAAACCCGGAAACAGUGACGUUUUCAAGCUAGCUGCCUGUGUAUCAGGAGAAAUGUGCCAUUUUCCAAUUAAUUAUUUGGAAAAGCCCUCUUAUUAAGAGCAAACAGCUAAGCUACACAAGUAUCAGUCACUUUGGAGCAAGAAGUGGACGUUUUAAGGCAGUAGUUGUCGGUGUUUUCUCCUUCCAGCUGGACGCCUUCGUCACCUUUGUUUGUUGUCGUUUGCACCUUUCUCAGCUGGCCAGCGUACAGAAUGGAGGUGGAGGCGGACAGCUUGGUGGCGGCGUCGGAGGAUCCCGCCAGGAAGCGCAGGGUGCACGGCAUGUUGAAGCUCUACUACGGGAUCAACGAGGAAGGACAGGCCGUGGAGCAGUCGAAGUCCUUGGAUCCCUGCGACAUCAACGGGCCGCAUUUCGACCCCGAUGUUUUCCUCAACAAGCUUAGGAGGGAGUGCUCCCUUGCGGAGUUGAUGGACCAGGAGACCUGCAUGGUCAAGCAGAUCCGCUCUUUGGACAGUGACAUGCAGACACUGGUAUAUGAAAACUACAACAAGUUCAUAUCUGCUACAGACACCAUAAGAAAGAUGAAGAAUGAUUUCAAAAAGAUGGAGGAUGAAAUGGACGGCCUGUCUGCCAACAUGGCGGCAAUCACAGAGUUCAGUGCUAGUAUCAGUGGUACUCUGCAAGACCAGCACGCACAGAUUACAAAACUCUCAGGGGUUCACACUCUGUUAAGGAAGCUGCAGUUUCUGUUUGAACUGCCUGCCAGAUUAAAUAAGUGUCUGGAACUGCAGGCCUAUUCUCAGGCGGUGAGAUCCCACCGCCGUGCCCGCUGUGUGCUGCAGCAGUACAGCCACCUGCCCUCCUUCAAGGGAAUUCAGGACGACUGUCACGCCAUCAUGGAUAAUUUGGCACAGGAGCUUAGACAGAAGUUCAGGGAUGGUGGGUCAAGCGCUAAAGAUUUAUCUGAGUGUGUGGAGCUGCUGCUACAGUUGGAUGAGCCAGCAGAGGAGCUCUGUGAUAAAUUCCUGAGCCAUGCGCGGUCUCGACUUGAGUCAGACCUCCAGGGUCUGGAAGCAGAGAUAAGACCGUACCCGUCCGCCUCAGCCGUGAAAGAUGCUUCUGCACGCAGGUUGACAACGACUCCAGCCGCUGGAUCUCCGACUGAUAACAUCCCUAAAACGAGCAAAAUCCCUUUUCCCACCUCAAACACUGACAUCCUGGAAUUCAUUGACCGGGGCUGCAAUGAAUUUGUCAGCAGCUUAUGUUUGGUAAUAACAUCCUAUCAAGAACUCUUUAUCACCCAUGCUCAGACAGGCGAGCUUGCAUCCAAAAACAUUCCCCAGAUGGCGAAUGGUAAGUUGCAUGCCUUUGUGGAUGAUCUGGCUGCUCGGUAUUUCUCCCUCGUGGAGCGGAGGAUUCAAGAGGAGAAAGGGGUCGGAGAUAACUCCCUCCUGGUCCGCGCACUCGACCGCUUCCACCGCAGACUUCAGGCUGUAACCAAACUGCUGCCAGGCUCUGCCGUGCCAAACCAGGGGACUGAGAUUGUGAUACGGGCAGCAACAGAGCGGGUCAAGCAGUACCUCGCUGCCCUGCAGAGCUUCUACAUGGACAGCUUGACAGACGUGCGGCAGGCCCUGGCGACACCUCGGCUCUCUGUGGCCGGUGCUUCAGCUGGAGGGGGAUCUCUUCUAGGUGGACCGGCCUCUGGCAGAGAUGCUCCGACUAGCCUGCCAGAGCUGCUCUCCUCCCUGUCAGCCUCUAUUCUCAAUCAGAUUAAGUCUGUGUUGGCGUCAGUGCAUCUCUUCACAGCGAAGGACAUCACAUUCUCCAACAAGCCGUACUUUAAGGGUGAAUUCUGCAGCAAAGGUGUACGUGAGAGCCUGGUGGUGAGCUUUAUAAAGUUUGUGUGCCAGUCUUCUCGGCAGUUCUGUGACAGUGCAGGAGACAAAGGAGGUUCGACUCCUCCGGCCCUUCUGUUGCUACUGUCUCGCCUCUGCUUGGACUAUGAGACCUCUACCAUCUCCUACAUACUCACUCUCACAGAUGAACAGUUCCUUGUGCAGCACCACAGUCCCGUAACACCCGUCACAUCUUUAUGUACAGAAGCCAGGGAGGCAGCACAGAAACUGUUGAACCAUUAUGUAAAGGUUCAGGGUCUGAUUAUCUCCCAAAUGUUAAGAAAGAGCGUCGAAACACGAGACUGGGUUAACACCAUCGAGCCACGAAAUGUCCGUGCUGUGAUGAAGCGAGUAGUAGAGGACACCACCUCGAUUGAUGUGCAGGUCGGUCUUCUGUAUGAAGAAGGUGUGAGGAAAGCACACAGCAGUGACUCCAGCAAAAGGACUUUCUCUGUCUACAGCAGCUCAAGGCAGCAAGCCCGCUACGCUGCCAGCUACACUCCAAGUGCUCCCAUGGAUACAAAUCUACUGAGCAACAUACACAAGCUGUUUUCAGAGAGGAUUGACAUCUUCAGCUCAGUGGAGUUCAACAAGGUCUCUGUGAUAACGGGAAUCAUCAAAAUCAGCUUAAAGACAUUCCUGGAGUGUGUUCGCCUGCGCACCUUCGGCCGUUUCGGGCUGCAGCAGAUCCAGGUGGACUGCCACUACCUGCAGAUGUACCUGUGGCGGUUCGUCUCCGACGAGAACCUUGUACACUUCCUGCUGGAUGAGAUAGUGGGGAGCUCCGCCCACCGCUGCCUGGAUCCUGCACCAAUGGAGCAGAGUGUGAUCGAAGUCAUCUGUGAACGGGGUUAAAGCUCAAAGUGCACCACAGCCAGCUAGUCUUCUCAAAACACCAGAUAACAAAUACAGACAGAAUAACUAUACACUGGAAUUGUGCAUCCAAAUUUUAAAGACACUCUCUUCCACAAUUACUGGUAGAUGUUGAAUUUAUGAUCCAGAUUAAUUCUGUACUGUUAAAAUGGCAUAGGGAUAGCACUUUAACUACUAUAACAAUAUCAAGAAAUCAUCCAACACUAAAGAAUAUUAAACAUUGGGCUGCUGUGUCAUCAAAAACCUUCAGUGAAUUUUAGAUAGAUCAAAAUUACAUUCCAGGCACUUGCCAUACAAAGUGCACAUGAGCCUUGAGUACUUGGGUUUAACAUUACAAUACUAAUUUACAAACUAUAGAAUAUGAGAAAAGAAACCCCUCUCAUCUCCCCUACCUGCAAAGAUAGAAAUAAAUGAAUUAUCCAUAAUGAAAGCAGAACGUUGCAGCACAUGUUCUCUUUGAAGGAAAUGUGUUCAUUGUGAAUACAGAAUUUGAAUGACUAAAGAGAAAAGUUGUGUCCUGUGGGAAUCUCCUGUAUUAUUAAAUUCUGUUAGGGUUUUUUGCUGAAUAAUUUGCAAUCUGAAUGCCAUCUGAUUAUGUAAUCCAUAGCCUUAAAGUAACUACAGCAGAUUUACUGUAACUCUUGCCUUGAGGUAAGUUGAUUCUCUGUUUUCUGUGCAUGCCUUUCACAGAUAAACAGUAUGUUAGGAAUGGUUUAAAUGUGUAUGUCUACAAUAAAAGUGUAUGAAUGUGAGAUUGAAAAUAGCUGUUCUUUCUUGACAAAACCAAUUUGAGAAGAUGCAUUUAAAUGUAGAGACUAUCUUGUGAUGGGAUCACACCAGCCGUGAUGC